CGUUGGGAGAGAGCGUGUGAACAGAGUUGUCGUCGUCUAGAAACUCAUCUCAUGAUUCUGGUUCUUAGCGGGAUGUGGUCGAGAGUUGCAGAGGAAGCUGCAUCUUUUUCUUUCCACCCUUUUUCUCAACUAAAAGAAGUGGCCGAGUCGAAUUGGUAGCUUGGGUGGUACUUUCUUUUUCCAGGUAUUCUUUAUUGCUCUUGUCAAGUCUUGUCUGUAAUCUUGCAUCGUGGUGGAAACACGAAACGGCCUUGGGAAACGAGCUUUGGUUCAUUCGUCAGAAUAUCAAUAAUUAAGAGAACUUGAUUUGUGGGAGUUGGUGCAGAGAGUGUGGUAGUUACGUCUUCUGGUUUCCAUCUAUUUGUUGGUCCAAAGUCGUUAGCGUGCAAUAUUUUCUCCGGAUUGACGGUCCCUAUUUCAACGAAAUUAGGCCUCGCUUUUUCCCCCUUCUCACAGUGUGUUCUUCUGAGAUGGGCACUUUUGCAAAGCUCGCAACGAGGGCUCGGCAGACGGAAACCCCUGUGAUGGUUCAGAUCCAGCAAUUGAUGCGCGGAGCCAAAGAUGCCAUCUCACUUGCGCAGGGGGUCGUUUACUGGCAACCUCCUGAGCAGGCUUUGAAAAAGGUGCAAGACAUUGUAUGGGAGCCUUCAACUAGUCAUUAUGGUGCGGAUGAAGGACUUUUAGAUUUGAGAUUGGCUUUGCUUGAGAAGUUACGUCGGGAAAACAAAUUGACAAGAUCGUCAGUUAUGGUGACAGCUGGUGCUAACCAGGCAUUUGUGAAUCUCGUCCUUACAUUAUGCGAUCCCGGGGACUCUGUUGUUAUGUUCGCACCAUAUUACUUCAAUGCUUACAUGUCAUUUCAGAUGACUGGCAUUAACAACAUACUGAUUGGUCCAAGCAAUAAAAAAACACUACAUCCUGAUGUUGAAUGGUUGGAGACGAUGCUUUCAGAUGAAGGCACUAAACCAGUUCCGAAGCUUGUUACAGUUGUGAAUCCAGGCAAUCCUAGUGGGAGUUAUAUCCCACCGCCACUCCUUCAGAGAAUUUCAGAUCUCUGCAAAAGUGCUGGAGCAUGGCUUGUUGUAGAUAAUACCUACGAAUACUUCAUGUAUGAUGGUUUGGAGCAUUCUUGUAUAGAAGAUGACCAUAUUGUCAAUAUUUUUUCAUUCUCUAAAGCUUACGGAAUGAUGGGAUGGCGUGUGGGCUAUAUAGCAUACCCUGAAGUGGAAGGAUUUGGUGCUCAGCUCCUCAAAAUCCAAGACAACAUACCCAUCUGUGCUUCCAUUAUAGGACAACGCCUGGCGCUCUAUUCUUUGGAAGUAGGCCCAGAAUGGAUCAGAGAGAGAGUCCAGGACCUGGUAAAGAAUAGGGAGAUGCUCAAGAGAGCUCUUUCCCCACUCGGAGAAGACUCGGUUAAAGGCGGAGAAGGCGCCAUUUACCUCUGGGCAAAGCUACCAGAGAAUUGUUCUGAUGAUUUCGCGGUCGUUCGAUGGCUGGUGAGAAAGCAUGGGAUAGUUGUGAUACCUGGAAGCGCGAGUGGAGGACCUGGGUACAUCAGAAUCUCAUUUGGUGGGUUGAAAGAGGCUGAUUGUGAAGUUGCUGCAGAGAGGCUAAAGAAGGGAUUGGAAGAGCUGGUGAGAGAUGGGAUGGUAUAGUUGUUUCUUUUGUUAUUGUUAAGUAUUCUUCAAUGAUUUCUUUUCUAAAAUAAUUGUGUUGAGAAAAUAAUGAUUUUAAAUUGAAAAAAAAUGAUUAUUAAUUGUAAAAACUGCUGAAAUGAAGCUAGCAGAUGUGUUAUUUUUAAAUCCCGGAUGUUUUGAGUCAUUCUUCUCUAGUGCUA